CUUUUCCUUUUCAAUCAAUUCAUGUCAUUCACUUUCUCGCAACACUUCAGACUAGUUUAUCUGCAUUAGCUCCCAUUUAAUUCGGUUUAAUAACAAAAAAUGAAUAACAAACGCAACUGCGAUGGUGCUUUUCUCACCAAACACGAGCGCGAUGGAGUAACCGAAAGCAGUGACAAUGCUACCUCAACCCCAACAAAUUCGACAGUCCAGAACGAUGAGCACUUGCACAAGAUAUUUAUUGGUGGUCUGCCCACGCAGACUUGCCCGGACACUCUGCGCGAGUACUUCUCGCAGUUCGGCGCAGUGGCAGAUGCUGUGGUCAUGCGCGAUCCCGUGUCCAAUCAUUCGCGCGGCUUUGGUUUUGUCACUUUUGUCGAUCCGGGCUCCGUAGAUAAUGUGCAGAGCACCAAGCCACAUGUUAUUGAUUACAAAACUGUGGAGACCAAGCCCGCUCUGCCGCGGCUGGAGUUCAACAAGCCGCCCGGUAGGGUCGGUGACCAGACCAACAAAAUCUUUCUGGGUGGCCUGAAGGAUUGCCACGAUGAGUCCGUCAUCCGCGAGUAUUUCUCAAAGUUCGGCGACAUCAUGAGUGUCAAGCUGCUGGUAGACAAGGAUACUGGACGCAAGCGUGGCUUUGGCUUUCUGGAGUACACGGAUAUCGACAGUGCCGAGAGAGCUUUGGUUCAGAGCAAGCCCAUUAUCAAUUCAAUUAUGAUCGAGGUGAAGAAGUCAACUCAAAGACCCGAAUCGGGCAAGCGUCUUCGCAUACCCGUUGGCGGUGCGGCCCGCGCUGGCUACGUGCCACCACAGCCAGCCAUGUUCGAUAGACACUGCUACAAUGUACACUACAAUUCGUACAUGGCACAGUGCACCCUGCCGCCUUCGGCCUACAGCAACGGCUGGGCCUCGUAUGUCGAACCAACCAUUGCACCAACAAUGAACAGGAAUGUUAUCUACCAUGCUCUACCACAGUCCGUCAGCCAUGGGGCUCAUUCUGCAUACAAUGCAGCCCAAAUGUCGGACCGCAGCAAUCUCAUCGAAUGUGUGCCAAAGACCGGACCAAAGCCUCACCAGACUCCGACCCAUCAGCGUCCCACGAACGAUUACAAGUCGGUUCAGGCUGCCGCUGCCACUGCCGCCGCUGCAGCUGCCGCAUUGGCUACGGAUAAUGUGGUUGAUGUUGGCGCCGGAGGUGAUGCGGCUGUUGCUAUGGACACGAAGUGGCAAUCGCUUGACCAUUCCAGUAGCUUCAUACGCUAAAAAUUCAGAUUCCCUGCUCGCAUAUGGCACAUGGCAUAUGGCGGAGCAUUUAUGGCUGUCAGCGGGCGAUACUUUCAUUGAUUGGUUCAGCUCAUGACCAAAUUUACUGGCUUAACCUUUGUUGAAUACACCGAAAAACACGAAAAACUCUAAGAGAACGAGAAAUGAAGAGGCUACACACGAACCUAAGAGCGAAGCAUUCACUCGCAAGGCGAUUGAGGUUAUUAUUUAAUGUAGCUAACAAUUAUACAACCAAUUCAGAAUAUAAUAAAAAAUAAAUUUAAAAUAUAAA